AUGGCCGCCCAGGUUACUCCAUCAAAGCAGACUGCUUCCUCCCUCGAGAACCUCAAAAUGAACGACUCCCCUAUUAAGAAGCUUGACUUCGAGUCCGUCGGCAAGGAGAACGUUCCCGCCUCCUUGAAGUCUCUCGAUGUCGCCGCCGAGAAGGCUGUCGAAGCCCCCAAGGUUGCCGCCGGUAUCAAGGCCGCUGAGGCCAACGAACCUCUCCUGCAGGAGAACCCCCACCGUUUCGUUAUGUUCCCCAUUAAGUACCACGAGAUCUGGCACAUGUACAAGAAGGCCGAGGCCUCCUUCUGGACUGCUGAGGAGAUCGAUCUCUCCAAGGAUCUUCACGACUGGCACAACCGUCUCAACGACGACGAGCGUUACUUCAUUUCCCAUGUCCUUGCGUUCUUCGCUGCUUCCGACGGUAUUGUCAACGAGAACUUGGUCGAGCGUUUCAGCGGAGAGGUUCAGGUCCCUGAGGCUCGCUGCUUCUACGGUUUCCAGAUUAUGAUGGAGAACAUCCACUCCGAGACCUACUCCCUUCUCAUUGAUACCUACAUCAAGGAGCCUAAGCAGCGCGCCUACCUCUUCGAUGCCAUUGAGACCAUUCCUUGCAUCGCCAAGAAGGCUGAGUGGGCUAUCCGCUGGAUCAACGACCGAGAGUCUACUUUCGCUCAACGUCUCGUUGCUUUCGCUGCCGUCGAGGGUAUCUUCUUCUCUGGCUCUUUCGCCUCCAUCUUCUGGCUUAAGAAGCGUGGUCUGAUGCCCGGUCUUACCUUCUCCAACGAGCUUAUCUCUCGUGAUGAGGGUCUGCACACUGACUUCGCUUGUCUGCUGUUCUCCCACCUGAACAACCGCCCCAGCCCCAAGAUGGUUGAGGACAUCAUUGUCGAGGCCGUUGGCAUUGAGCAGGAGUUUUUGACUGAUGCUCUUCCUUGCGCUCUCCUCGGCAUGAACUCCAAGCUGAUGGCUCAGUACAUUGAGUUCGUUGCUGACCGUCUUCUGCUCGCUCUUGGCAACAAGAAGUACUACAACGCCACCAACCCCUUCGACUUCAUGGAGUCAAUCUCCCUCGCUGGCAAGACCAACUUCUUCGAGAAGCGUGUCGGUGACUACCAAAAGGCUGGUGUCAUGGCUAGCACCAAGAAGGACACCGAGAACAAGGGUGAGGCUCCUGCCAAUGAUGGCCUCAACUUCGACGAGGACUUCUAG